AUUGAGGAAUUCUACGGGAAAAAUACACAUUUUUGACCUCAUAAACGGUGAAAAAAAUGUUGGGGCUCUCACCCGGACCACUUUUUUUCUAAUUGUAAAAAUUUAAAACAAUGCAAAACCACGUUCCAUAACUGAAAAAGUGCUUUGUUAUACUGUUUAUCUUUAAGCUACUCAAAUUCAUCAAAAACUAGUCAGUAUUCAACGGCAUGUACCCAAUGCAUGAAAACAGAAACAAAAAGUGUGUGGUUGGUGCGCGUGCGUUGGUCGAUUUUAGCACCUCUUCUGAUAAGAAUUAAAAUUUCCUUGUUGUCCUCGUGCACGAAGCCUAUAAAAUAGCAUCGCCAGAUUGCGUCUUUCACUAUCGACCGGUGCAUAGUAGUCCUCGACAGUUUAACCUCGAUUCGCGCGUCAUAGCACAACAGCGCUUUUGCAAACUCGUACUUGCUUAGCUUUAGAGCUAUCUUGAAGGCUGUGUGUGAGCUGAAAGUACGGGAAGAGAGCUUUAAUUAAAAAAAUCAAGUGGAAAAUGCUUGAUUUGGUCAAGUUACCUGCAUUUAAGAAUAUAAAAAAAAUUAAGAAAAAGGUACGAAUUUCUUGACUCCGAAAAAUCCUUAAAUUUUCAUGAUUGUACCACAUUUUUAAUUGUAACUUUUGACCAAAUCAAGGAUUCACUACUCUUUUUUACCGUACUUUCAUCCUACCAAUCUACAUUUAUUGUUUACGCCUUCAGAAAUCAAGCACGUACAUACCCUAGUGGAAAAAAAUGUUAUAAAUUGAAAUAAAUUGUAAUAAAACGUAAAAAAAUGUAAGAAACUGUACCUUUUUGUUGGAUUUCGGACAUUUUUUCUCAUACGUUUUUGUUCAUUUUCUUACAUUUUCAGAUUUGUUAACUUUUUUUUACAUUUUAUUACAUUUCAUUACAUUUUAUUAAAUAUGUUAUUUUACCGCCUAAUAUAGUCAAUAUAUUUUUUUAAUUAUUAAUUUUAUAAUAAAAUGUAACAAUGCAUAAGAAAUUGUAAGAAAAAGUAAAAGGAUGUAAGCAGAAGUAAGAAAAUUAAAAAGUCGCUAUUUUCUCAUAUAAUAUUACGCUUACAGACAAUUUUUUACAUUUUGUUAUACUUUUUUACGUAUUGUUACAUUUGUCAUUUCAAAGAAGAGACCCCCAUGAAAUCCUGGAUCAAGGAUUUGUAAUAAAUUGUAAUAAAACGUAAAAAAGGUCCGAAAUCCAACAAAAACGUACAAAAUGGUACGAUUUGUUACAUUUUCUUAUAUUUUAUUACACUUUAUUACAUUUUUUAUUUCCACAAGGCACUUUUUCUCUAUAUGUACGUAGUUUUGCAUUGUUUUGAAAAUAUAGAAUUAUAAAAAGAAGAUUGGCUGGGGAGCGUGCCGUAACAUUUUUUUUCACCGUUUUUGAGGUCCAAAAUGUGUAUUUUUCCCGUAAAGUUCCUCAUAUGUGCAAUGUUCUGAUUAUGACAAUUGUAAUCAAAAAUUAUCACAACUUAUAUAUCCUCGCUCGAUAAAUAAGACAUUUGAACUUCCGCAUAGUAAUAUUUUAAGUAGAUUUUACACUCUCGUAACGAAGACUAUAUAUUUGACUGUACAUUUGGCAAUUAUCCGGCAAAAUGUACACUAUAUCUUUAAUGACAUCAAAUUUUCAAAAUAUUUUCAAUAUUUCGAAAUUCUAAAAAAAGUUUUGAAAACGUUGCGGUUAAGUGCAUAGAGAGACAAAUAUAUUUACUAGUUAUAAACGUAAAAGUACGAAAUCGAGUCUUCGUUAAAAGCGAUGAUAUGAUUCUCAAUUGAAUCCAACAGCACAAAUGAGUAGUGUUUGUAUCAUUUCUAGUCAGAAAUUUGUCAAGGUUAAUACCACGAUUAGAUUUUUGGAGUAAAGAAGGACGAAAUAACUAAAGUUUGUGAAAAAUAUGGACUUAAUCGACAGCUGUAUCGAAGUUUGCUUUUGAUUGAAAAAGUUUCAUAAUUAACACUGAUGUCUCAAUACUUUCAGUAGCAAUUAAUAGUUUGUAUUUUUACAGUUUGCCUGUAUAUAUUUAAAGUAGAAAAUAUAUACCUUAUAUGUAUAAUGGCAUAUACUUUGAAAAUAUUGGAGAAUAGCUGUAAAAUAAGUAUUCAAGUGGCAGUUAUUUCACAAAGUCGCAUAUUGUACAUUGAAAAAUAUUUGAUGCUCGGAUUCAAAUUGCUCUUCGGUAUAAAAUGGAUUCAUUUGAUAGCCAAUAUUUUGAAAUAAACAAACGUGUUUUGACAAUUUGCGGAUUAUGGCCUUAUCAAUCAAAACUGGGAAAAAGAAUUACUUUUGCAAUGUUAGCAAGCAACACAUUUUUGUUCAAUUUUACACUAAUCGCUGGCAUUCUUACACAUUCGCCAGGUGAGUUUGUGAAUACUGCAGAGACAUUAGUAGGCUUAUUCUUUUGUUCUACUGGUCUUCUUAAAUGUGCGAUUCUUUAUAAUCAACAAAAUAAGGUGCAUGUUAACUUACGUCACUUAAGUGAUUUUACUCAAUCUGCAACAGAUUUGAAGAAGUUGACCGACAACUCGGAACGGGGCAUACUACGAUCAUUUUUAUUGGAAGGUCGAAGACAAAACUUUUUAACCAUGGUUUAUGGGGUCUCUGCUUUUAUAGUAUGUUCAUGCGUCGAGUUUCUUCCACGAAUAUUCAACGAGGAGUCAGAAUAUCAUCGACCCCACAGUUUUCCUUACUAUUACAGAUCCAUGGUAAUUCAUGAGAAGUUUUACGAUUUGCAGGUCGCCGUGCAUGGGACCGUUAUCAUGCUAUACUCUGGUUUAACGUAUAUGUCGGCCAUUGCAACUUAUAUUUCCAGUGUCAAACAUGUUUGUGCUCUGUACGAAAUCGCACGGUACCGAUUGCAAAAUGCGAUAAUUUAUGAUAAACACAAUUAUCCACUACAAGAAUUAACUGAUGAUACAUCGACGAUUCCUAAGUUGAUUAAAGUUAUUAAUAUGCAUAAAAGAGCUCUUAGAGUCACGAAGAAAAUUGAGAAAGUUUUUAGUGCUGACUUUUUCGUUAUGGAAGCUUCCUGUUUAAUUGCUCUUGCAUCCGGUAUAUUCGAAUUAAAUUAUUUCAGAGGAAAUGUUCGUGCAAUUAUACGACCCUUGCUAGUAAUGCCAAUUGUCACAAUCUAUCUCUUUUUUGUAAAUCAGUCCGGACAACAAGUCAUACAAGCAUGCAAUGAUAUACAUACAACGGCAUAUAAUAACGACUGGUAUAAAGCAUCUGCAAGGGUACGAAUUUUUGUAUUCAUGAUUAUGCAGCGCACUUUGAAACCUGAAAAUUUAACAGCAGGAAGCAUACUAAUAUUAUCAAUAGAAAACUUUGCUACGAUAUUAAGAGCUGCUUGGUCAUUUGGAACGAUAAUGUUAACUACACUAAAGCACUCGCCAUCAAGAAACGAAGAUGCAUAGUACAUAUGCAAAUACUGAUUACAUAAUUUAAAAAAUUAUUUUUGUAAUUUAAACGGAAAUAAAUAAAUUCAAAUUAUUAAAUAUUUAUACAAAUUGUAA